AGUAGCAUUGUCUAUGUCACAUGGACAUUGAUAAUCGAACCAAUCAAAAAAACAAAAUUAUUUCGAGAAAAAAAACGCGAUUUCGACACGCUCCACGACAGAAUCUUAAAUUUAAUUUAGACCUAAGUGUAAAUAAUCCACUGCACUAGCUACUCGUUCACAAAGAAAAGAAGAUUUUUAUUCUUAUAAUAUAAAUAAAAACAUUACAUAAUGCCACUAUUGCGAUUAACUGCUGGUACUUUUGGUCAGUUGCGUACCUUCGCAACGUCAUCGGCCCUCGGAAAAAGAGUGAAGACCUUUGCUAUAUAUCGCUGGAAUCCUGACGAGCCUGACAAGAAGCCACAAACCCAAAACUUUGAAGUCGAUCUUGAUGAUUGCGCGCCUAUGGUGCUUGAUGCUCUGUUGAAAAUAAAAAAUGAAAUGGACCCAACCCUUACUUUCAGAAGAUCUUGUCGCGAAGGAGUCUGCGGCUCGUGCGCGAUGAACAUCGACGGUAUCAACACACUUGCUUGUAUCAGUCAUAUCGAUCAGAACCUCUCUAAGCCUUCAAAGAUAUACCCAUUGCCGCAUAUGUAUGUAGUAAAAGACCUCGUUCCAGAUCUAACUAACUUUUACCGCCAAUAUCAAUCAAUAGAGCCUUGGCUGCAGCGUGACAAGGAAGCUGUUAAAGGAGCGGAAACACAGUUACUUCAGGAUGUAGAAGACAGAGCUAAACUUGAUGGUUUGUAUGAAUGUGUACUCUGUGCUUGUUGCUCGACGAGUUGCCCUUCUUACUGGUGGAAUGGUGACAAGUAUUUGGGGCCUGCAGUACUGAUGCAGGCUUAUCGGUGGAUCAUAGAUUCUCGUGAUGAUGCUACAGCUAAACGUUUAUCAAAACUGAAAGAUACCUACUCCGUAUACCGUUGCCAUACUAUCAUGAACUGCACUAGAACAUGUCCAAAAGGUCUUAAUCCUGGCCGAGCCAUAGCUCAAAUUAAAACACUAUUGUCAGGAAUUGUCAAGAAGCAAGACCCCAUCAUGGACCCUGCAGGCUUAGAUAAGCACACUGCACAAAACUAAUAAUUACGGCUGUAGUUAAAAUUCUGUUAAGUUUUUGCCAAUAUGUUAAUUUAUUAGUUGACAAUAAUUUGACUUUAAGGAAAGUACAAUUUGAUAGUUAUUAAUUUGGUAGUACACAUACAUAAAAUGUAGAAGAAGUAACUUUGAUAUGAAAUAAAAAAGAUAACGAUAAUCUCUGAAACGAAACUAAAAAUUAUUUCACUAUAUUUGACUCUGUACUUAGUACAUAGAUUUUUACAAUAAUAAUAUACUCUUUUUUUUUAGAAGAAAAAUGAGUGGAAAUUUUAAAAUGAAACUGACCUUUUUACUAUGCUCUUAAUUUGUAUAAAUAAACAAUAUAACAAGUUCCAGAUAAUUGUGUAUAUUAGUGAAAUUAUUAAAAGUAUUAUAUCAAUAUGUAAUCAUGUAACAUACAUUUUAUACACAUUUUAGUUUAAAAAUGAGUUUGCCUCAUGUAUGAAAUUAUGAACACCUUCUUGAUGUCAUUUAUUUAACAUCUUUCAAGCAUAAGUUAUUGUCAUUAUUUAUUUUUCAUCUCAUAUGGUGUAUAAAUGUAAGAAGUUACAUUGUAUUAUUUUGAAUUUUGUUAAAUAAAGAUUUAUUUUUAUCUG